AUGUUGGAUAUCAUGAGAAAUGCGACAGAGCUAGAAGCAGUACGUCUAGCGGCAACCCUCUCUUCGGAACCUCAGAACGACACCGCCAAAGAAUUAUUUCUUUGCCUAAAACGACGUCUCGGUCUGAUUGAAGAGACGGAAUCAGAGAGCAGUAAGAGCGAUUCGGCUGGAGAGAAGCCCAUAUAUCACAACAUGAUCUACAUCAUUGUGGGACCUAUUUGCGUACUGCUCAUCGUUAUUGUCAUUGUGGCCCUUUGCAUAAUAAUAAGGAAGAAAGGCAAAAAACAGAAAGCACCACCCAAACCCAAGAAAGGAUCUGCCGAGAAAAAAGGUUCAUAG